AUGCGCCGAGUCUCGUGCUCAACCCUUUCCAGCUGCCUAUUCGCGAUUCGUCAUUCGUCAUUUCAUCUUCCAUUCCCAUUUCCAUCCCCAAUCAUCAGCAACUGUACAAUAUUCUCCCCCAGCAACGUCAAUCCCCAAGACUAAAAGCACAUUCGAUAGAUAUCACCACUCAUUGGAAAAUAUAACUCUUAUUACUUAAUUCUCAUUAAAUCAUAUCGAUAUCCGCGUCAAGUCUAGGGGUAUGGCACCACCCGCCGAGAUAACCAUUCCGACAACAUCGCAAUACCCACCGGCCGACAAUUCGAAGCCGUACACGCUCUACAACAUCACAUUGCGCCUCCCUCUACGGACCUUCGUCGUACAAAAACGAUACUCAGACUUCGCUACGUUACACCAAACGCUCACAUCCCUAGUCGGCGUUCCACCGCCCGCCCCCUUACCAGGCAAAUCAUGGUUUAAAUCAACCAUAUCCUCCCCCGAAUUAACCGAAGACCGCCGACGCGGUCUGGAGUCUUACCUCAGAGCUAUUGCAGAGUCCCCCGACCGACGAUGGCGCGACACGCCGGCGUGGCGCACCUUCCUCAAUCUCCCGAGCAUGAGCAGCACCGGUAACAGUGCAGCGAGCAUAAGGGCAGGCUACGGCAUCCCGAACAAAGACGCAGCAAACGCGGCUGCCGCGCAGGACCCGGGGACGUGGCUGGAUCUACAUGGUGAGAUGAAGCGGGAUUUCCAAGAAGCGCGACGGUGUUUGGCGAAACGAGAUAGCGCGACGGAUAAUUCAGCUGCGCUGGAAGCUGGUUCUGCAGCCAAGAAGGCGCUGGUUAAGGCUGGCGGCUUGUUGGCUGUACUCGGCGACGGGCUGAGGGCGAUGCAGGACGCGAAACGGUUGGGCGAGGGUGAGAUUCGACGGCGCAAGGAUCUGCUUGCUGCGGCUCGGGUCGAAAGGGAGGACCUAGAUAAGCUAAGCACGACGGUAUCCGCGGCCGCGAAAGCGUCGCAGAAGAGUAUGCCGUCAGCAGCGGAUAAGGCGGCGUUGAUCGGGAACGGGCCGAAGGCGGGGAGGAGGGUCCUAGGGGCUCCGCUCCCGGAAACCGAGCGCACGCGCGAAUUGGAUAAUCAGGGCGUGGUGCAUUUGCAGAAGCAGAUGAUGAAGGAGCAGGACCAGGAUGUGGAGGAGCUUACUAAGAUUAUUCGGAGGCAGCGUGAGAUGGCUGAGGCGAUCCACCGCGAGGUCGAGGAGCAGACGGAGAUGCUGGACCAUGUGAAUAACCAGGCGGAUAUCCUGAGCAGCAAGGUUAAUGUUGCGAAGAACCGUACCAAGAAGAUUUCGUGACUCGACUUCGUUACCGGGAUGGCCGUUCAAGGUCUCGUACUCUGUGUCGAGAUCAUAAUCUGGGUCACAUGGUUAGGGCAGACCACGCUCGAGUGGACGGUUUGGUGCGUCGAAUCUUUGCUCCAGCUGACGCAGGUGGAUUGAGCUCGUCGAAUACAUGUUAUAUCAUCGUCAUAGCAUUUGCACGUUGGGCCUUUUUUGGAUUAAUGAGGGGGCAACAGAACCAUGAGUAUACGGUUACUUCUGUCACAUUCCGUUUGGGUGGUUUAUGCAUGGGACGAGCAUGGUUUGGUUUGGUGGAGAGCAACUGUACUUUUGUAAACUGUUAUCGGUUAUGGCAUAAGAUACCAUUAGAAUCAAGAGAUUGUAUACUUGUAAA